AUGCCACAAUACGGCCUGCACUACAUGGACAGCCGCGGGCUUUGCGAGCCGCUGAGGUUAUGUCUGCAUUAUGCGGGCAUUCCAUUCGAAGACAUACGAUAUUCCGCUCCCGAAUUUGCAAAGUUUAAGGAAUGUGAGUCUUCAAUUUUUCCUCAAAAUGCAUUCUAUUAUAACACGUAACUUGCCCAUUUAUCGAUAAAGCCUCUACCUCAAAAUUUACAGGGGAAGUACUCCAAGUGCGACGCUCAGAUUUUCUUUAAAUUUUGCACACAUUUCGGGUAUGCACUAAAUAUCAAUUCCUGAAAGUUUUAGUUCGCGCUUUGCGUGCGCCGCCGAGAUAUCGAACGAUUUUUGCCGCCGAGAGAGCACGAAACGUUUUGUAGAAACAUUAUCCUUUACGGUUGAAAUAGGCAUGAAACUUUUCGUGCCGAAAUUCGGCAAAAAGUCCUAAAUUUUCGCCGACUUUCGAUUUAAAAAUCCCGGUUGUUUCUGCAAAGCGCGAGGUAGGCUUCUCGCAUCUAUCUUAGAAAAAAUUAUUCAAAAUUUGUGCCAAGUUUCAUCAAAAUCUGAGCGUCGCACUUGGAGUACUUCCCCUAUUAAUAAAAAUAGGUCCGCUGAAGUUCAUAAGGUAACAAGUAAGCUUUGAACCGUGGUCAGCAACUUUUGAACUGGGCCUUUAGCGUUGACAUGUUAAUUUGGCAAAAAGGCUUGCAGUAAUGGUAUGUAUGCAUGCAAAUAUUAGCCAGGUUUUUUUUCAGUAUAUCCCGGCAUUACAGUCCCAGCGUUGUUUGUGGAUGGGAAGAUGCUUACUCAGUCGGGCUCAAUCCUCCGUUACAUUGGCCGAUUCACCGGAUUGAAUGGAAAAGAUUCUUGGGAAGAGGCCAAAGCCGAUGAGACUUGUCAGUUCUCCCACGAUUACAUUCUUGCUCACUUGAAAUACCUCCUUCAUCGAGCGGGUAUUAAGCCUAUUGAAAGCGCCGAGGAGAUCGUAGGUUACGGUUGUAUGAUGCUUGUAAAUCCUCCUCUGCAAUGCCGUUUCAGGACGUCGCUUAUGCCGAAUUUAUUCCUCCGGCCACCAAAGCUUUGGAAUUUUUCGCCAAAAUGUUGGAAGGGACUGGGAAUGGCUAUGUUCUCAAGUCUGGCAUAACCUACGCUGACUUUUUUGUUCAAAAUUACGUCACCACCUUGAGGAAGCUUGAUGAUAAAUUGGUCGCAAAGUAUCCAAUAGUGGUGGAGCAUUUCGAAAAGAUUCAAAAACUCCCACAAAUCAAGGAUUAUAUGGCAAACAGAAAGGAAACUGUUAACUAA